AUAAUUUGUGUAACCCCACAAGUCAACUUGAACUUAACCAUGGUUAGCCACUAAACAAUUCUUCAUCAUCUCCACAUUUUCACGCGUUCAGCUCCAGAUCUCACACUCUCACUCCACAUACACACAGAUCUGCCUGUAGAUCUAGCAGCAGCAAUGCCGUUUCUGGAUUCCUUAACGGCGAUAUCGCUGUUACUGUUCGUUACGGUUUUAACCGUUCAUGCUUCCGUUCAUAAUUACGCCGGAGUUAAGUUCGCCAGAAAAGGAAAUGCGUAUGUAGUUCAUGGAGGAAGUGAAGGAAUCUAUUACUCGCAUCCGAAUCUCAACGGUUCUGAUGCAUCUUCUAACGGCGAUGCGUAUAUUAAGUUUGAAGAGAUCAUAUUUAGAAGGCCACAAGAGGCUUCAAAUUUCAGCACAGGGAUGAUAUACGCCAUUCUUUUUGAGGUAGAUGACAGAGAAACAAUAGGCGGUUCAGCCUAUGGAGGCCAAAGAGCCAUCUGCUGCACAGCAGAUCUAGCAAAAUUGGGUGCGUGUAAAGAAGGUGAAGUUAUUCACCGCCUGUCAACAUCAAAUCCCGGGUGGCCUGAAAUUUUCGGUGUCUCAUUUGAUGUCAAUGAUGAAACUUCCACUAUGCAACCAAGAUCUGUACAAAUCACAAGAACAGGGAUGUAUAAUUUGUACUUCAUGCAUUGUGAACCGAGGCUAGCUGAUAUGGUUGUAGAAGGAAAAACCAUAUGGAAAAAUCCGAACGGUUAUCUCCCGGGUCGAAUGGCACCACUUUUGAACUUCUACGGGUUCAUGUCACUUGCGUUUUUAGUUCUCGGAAUCUUUUGGUUCUCUCAAUAUGCGAGAUUCUGGAAAGAGGUUUUACAUUUGCAAAACUGUAUAACCUUAGUUAUAACAUUGGGUAUGUUAGAGAUGGCAUUGUGGUAUUUUGAUUAUGCAGAAUUUAACGAAAGUGGGGUGCGGCCGACGGGUAUUACUAUAUGGGCGGUAACUUUUGGCACUAUAAAGCGCACUAUUUCGCGGUUAAUUAUUUUAACUGUUUCAAUGGGGUAUGGUGUUGUAAGACCAACUUUGGGUGGUCUUACUUCAAAAGUUGUCAUGCUUGGAGGAACAUUUUUUCUUGCUUCUGAAGUGCUUGAGUUGGUAGAACAUGUCGGUGCUGUUAGUGAUUUCUCGGGAAAGGCGAUUCUGUUUUUAUCUCUACCUGUGGCAGUCUUGGAUGCAUUUUUUGUUUUAUGGAUAUUUACCUCACUUUCUUCAACUUUAAAUAAGCUACAGGCUAAAAGAAUGAUGGCCAAAUUAGAUAUAUACAGGAAAUUCACAAAUGCUUUGGCUGUAGCUGUUAUUGUAUCAGUCGGCUGGAUAUGCUAUGAGCUUUAUUUUAAGUCAACCGAUAUAUACAAUGAGCAAUGGCAAAACGCUUGGAUUAUACCUGCCUUCUGGCAUGUUCUGUCCUUCUCUCUUCUUUGUGUCAUAUGUGCUCUGUGGGCCCCAUCUCAAAAUUCAAUGCGAUAUGCGUAUUCGGAUGACGGAAGUGAAGAGUUUGACAAGGAUGAUACAUUGACUCUGAUAAAACCAUCCCCCGUUCCUAUUUCCGCAAAGGAUGUAGGUGAUGUAAGAUCUGAAGAUGAUGUUGAUUUGGAAGAAGAUAAAACAGAGUAAUUUAUCGGUCUUUUGUAUGCGUAUCCACUUGAAAUCUGUUUUGUUAUAUUUUAUAGAAUUUAGACUAAGUACGUUAUUAGAUGUAUAUUUACAAGGAGGAUUUAAACAAUUUGAAAUCAGAAGUUGAGGUCUCUUGUGUAACCAGCCUUUUAUGUU